GUGGGUGAGGUCGACGUUCAUUUACUGGUCGUCGUGAUGAAGGCACAGAUCCUGCUCAUAUUGCUAGUGACGCUAUAUACGCUGUGUUAUGGCAGCCCCAAUGAUAGGAAUCAUGGCCGCUAUCAUCACCCCUACGACUAUCAUCACAGAAGACACGACUCAUCAGAAAGACAUCGACACUACAAUUACCACGACUUUCCAGACAGUUCAGAAGAUAUAUCACAAGAUAUAAAUUCUAGUCGUUCUCCACGCAGUGAAUUGGAAAAUCUUGUUAUAGAUCUAAAGCCUAAAGAUAAUUCAAUUAAAGACGAUAUUCCAAAUAGUAAUAAAUCAGCAAUGUACACAGACACUGAUAAAAAGGAUCAUGAUAUGGAUAAAGGAUAUAGUGGAAUAAGAGUAGAUGACGGGUCAUUAGAUGAUGUCGAAUCUAACAAAGUGGAUGGUGACGCUGGAAAAAAUGUAAAUGGAAGAUCACUAAACUCAAACCAUUUGUUAAAGAGAGAUGAAACCAUUAGCGCUAACGGAUUUUCACCAUUUGAAGAUAGUAAUGUAGGAAAUAAUUUGAAAUCUAAUUUAAGAGACCUUAAAUUAGGUGAAAAUACAGGCGAUAAUUUAGGAGGUAACUUGGGUUUCCCCUUAGUCAAUAAACCAGGUUUGCGCUUAGGAGGUAACUUGGGCAUUCCUUUUGGUGGUAAUAUAGAUGUCAAUUUAAGAAGUUCCCCACGAUUCCCGCUUUUUGGUGUUAAAGAUUUUCAUUCCCUUCCAUAUCUUCACUUGGGAGGCAACCGUGGCAACCCUUUAGGAGGUUACUUAGGUCUCACACGAAAUAGCAGUUCAGGUGUCAAUUUAGGGACUAACCCGGGUCUUCCUUUAGGUGACCAAUCUAGUGUUCAUUACGGAGAUAAUUUAGAAAAACCUCUAGGAAGGAAUUUAAAUGGUAACAUAAAAGGAAAUAAUUUGGACACAGAUUCACUUAGUAUAAAUAGCCGUUCAAGUCUAGAAGAUUUAAUUGAUCAUAAAAAUAAACCUAAUGAGAAAAACACUAUCGAAGUUGACAAUGAAGAGCUUACUUUAAAUCAAAAUCACAGGCAAUCUGAUGAUAUGGUUAACUUAGAAAAGAAUAGUAAUACUAUAGAUAAUAUUAGAAGUGAAGGCAAUGACCCUGUAAAGGCUGAUGAACUUUUACUAGAUGGUGACUACAAUAAUAAUGAAAUUAAUUCAAACAGUACCGGUAUUCUUGGUUCGUCGCUAGAGGGAAACAAUACUAAUAUCAACAAAGCUAAUAGUGAAUCAUCAAGCCAACAAGAUAACCUUACUGUUGAUAUUCUUGGUACUGACAAUUGUAAUGAUAAUGAUUUACCAAAUAAUGCAGUUACCACUAUAGAUAAAGAUGAGGUUUCAAUAGCACCAGAACAUGAUAUUAUACCAAUUACAGAACAGAUAUUUAGUAACCAUCCUACUGAAAUACCUUCAAUAGAAACUCUUGAUAAAAGCAAAAACAAGGAAGAAGAUGGAGAAAAUAAACAACUAGAGAUGAUACCAGUAUUAUUGCCAGCAGGUGGAUAUGUAUUACUACCUUCAAGUAUUCUGAGUAACAUGCCUUCAUAUAUAGUCGUGAUGAUAAACGGCCAACCGACACUCUUACAAAAUCCCGGUAAUAAUGUAAAUGGAGGUUCUCUAGAUUUCAGUAACAUUUUAGCAAAUGGUUUGUCAAUUAGUAGUGCAGUGCUGCCUAAUUGGUACAAUAUAGGAGUACCUACUGGUGAUAGUGGAGCCACGAAUGAAAUUUUACUGAAUCUUCAACAACCUGCAUCACCUCUAUGGGUUGGAGGUAGCGAUGCUACCAUUAGACCACUAACUAACCCUAACAGUGAAUCAGUUCCCUUCGCUGAUUCAGUUAGACCUAUACCAACCCUGCCCAUUUCUGUUCCUGGAAUUAUUGAUCCCGGUUUUUCUCCUUCUUUUUGGAAUAAUGGUUUAUGGAAUAACAAUCUGGAUCAUAGUUUACAAAAUCCAGGGCCUUAUGUAGACUGGGGAAAUCUAAUUCAUCCCAACACAAACGACCCGUACCCGUAUUACUACUCACAUUAUCCUACGAUUUACCCCAAUGACAAAAAUGAUCCAUCGUACCAAAAAGGUAACGAAAACCCAAAUGGCAUGACUAGGAAACCGUAUCCAAAUGUUUCAUCAGAACCACGUGCGGAGUCUCAUCUAGACCUUCCUGAGGGCAAACUGCCUGAAACUAAUUAUGGGCUUCAUCCACAACCUCGGUCAGAUACCGAUGCUAAGUCCCAUCUAUAUACACAUCCAUUCUAUCUACAGAAUGAUUUUCAUGAACCUAAUUCGGAUGUAUCUAUUGAGACGAAACACUGGGAUAAAAUAAGAACUGAGCCAUAUCCAGGACGUCAUGAUAAUAAAUGGACUAAACUCCACCCGAAUCAGUGGCAUAACAAAAGGAUUGAACCACACCCGGACCAUCAGGAUGAUACAAGAAUAAGACCUUACCCGGUUCAUGGGAAUGAUAAAAGGAUUGAGCCUCGCCCAGAUUACUGGGAGGACAAAAAGAUAGAGCCCUACCCACGGCUCACAGACACUGAAAUGAUUAAGUUCCACCCGGAUGAUUGGGACAAUAAAAGGAUUGUGCCCCACCCAAAUCAUAAAGAUUCUAUAAGGAUUAAGCCCCACCCAGAUGAGUGGGACGAUAUAAGGAUUGAGCCUCAACCAAAUCCCUGGAACGAUAAAAGAAUUGGGCCCCACUCAUAUUACCGGGACGAUAAAACAAUUGGGCCUGACCCAGAUCAUUCGGAUGACAAAACGAUUGAAUUCCAACGCGAUCACCAGGAAGAUAAAAGGGUUGAGCCCCACACAGGGUACUGGGACGAUGAUAACAUUAAGUCCCACCUGGAUCAAUGGGACGAUAAACGAACUGAGUAUCAUCCAGAUCAUGGGGUCAGUAGAAGAAUCGAGUCUCACCCAGAUCACCGGGAAGAUAAAAGUGUCAAGCUUCAUACGGAUCACUGGAACGAUAAAAGUAUUGAGUCCCACCCAGAGGACUGGGACGAUGAAAGGAUUAAGUCCCACUCAGAUCAUUGGGAUGAGGACGAUAAAAGAAUCGAGUCGCAUCCAGAUCUUAAUAUUCCACUGGAACAUUAUCCUGUGCCCCAGACAGAUGAUGCAUCUCUUACUCACUCAGAAAAUCUACCAAAUAUUCUAAUUGAUCCUAAGCAGACUCAUGGUAAGCAUCUUGAAGAUAUACCAGGAUUUCAUUUCACACUCCCACGACCUACCUAUGUUGACAAAUCAGAAAAAACGAGCUUGGUUAAUGACCUCAUUGAUAGUCUAAAUAUUCUAUUAAAGCACCAAAACAGAUAUGGUGAUGAAUCUCAACAAGUCAAGUCUUUGAUAAAAUUACUUCUCAGAAUUUUGAAACCUGGUGAUAAGAAUCAUAUGCUGGUACCGAAGUGGAAUGAUGACAUAGAAGAUGAAUUGGACCUCGGUAAUGUCAACCAUCAUCUCCUCCACCUUCUGAAAGGAUAUUAUGAACCAAAUUUGAAUGUAUUACUUGAUCCUAGUUUGGAUGAAAGUACCAGAACAAAUCUAAUACUCCUUUUGAAACUGUUGGUGAAUAAUCAGGACUCAUCUUUGGCAAAGGAAAGAGAAAAUCCCUUACUUUAUUUCUUAGGACAGUUCCCUUGUGAUCUCACGAAGAAACGAGAGGAAACCGAAGCAUUGUCCAGUAAAUUAUUGCAGUUCUUAGCUGAUAAUUACGACCGAGAAGAUCUGCAAACGAGGCUGGAGAGGACAGUAAGCUAAGAGUAGGACCAAAAAGAGGAAUUAUAGUAUAAUGGAAUUAUUGUACAAUACCUCUUGCCUCUUUUAUACAUAUAAUUCUGCUGUACAUGUGUAUGUCAUUGAUCUCCUCCUAAACGGCUUUACCAAUUAAAAUCUUUUUUCUGUACGCUUUUGAGUGGCAUCCUGGAUGUUUUAGAUUCACAAAUCA